GGUUAGCAUUUAUGCGGCUUUGGUGGCUUGCUGCAUCCACUUGUGUUGAAAUAGAUUACUUGGUAUUUCCCUAGAGUUGGUAGGCCAACCUUUUUCCUUCCAACAAUGAGUUGGUCGAGCUUAACUCCUCCAAUGCAGAAGGCGCAGGUGGCGUUAAUCGUUUGCAAGAAAAGAGAUAGAGAAAGAGAUCAACAUCAGCCUUAUAAAGUCAUUGAAAUUACCCCACCUCCCAAACAUCUUGGUACCCGUUGCUUCCCUCCUAACCUUCAGUGUGGGGAGAGCGUUACAAUUGAAGGACAUACAUACACAAUCUCAGCUGUUACUCAUCGGUACCAACUCCGAAAAGGUAAAUACGAACCCAGAGAGAAGAGACUUGAUGUUCUGUCCUCUGGAAGAUACAUUUUGAACUUGUAUCUUGAAAAUUUGUUGCAAAAUUCUUGAUUUAUUUCAGGGACAAUAAUAUUUGUAAUGUAAUUAAUACCUAGUAUAGUACGGAGUAGUACAUUAAUAAUACUUGUAAACGGGAAUUUCCCAUUUACUAACAAUGAAUAUUUCAUGACCUUGUUAUAUAGGCCCUGUUUAGUUCA